UAAGUAAGCCCUGGUGUCGGUUGAAGUUAAAACAACAGUAUACGUGUGGUCGACUGUAUUCCACCACUUGGCAGUCCGAAGAGUGCGGUGAAAACACUGCGCAUAGAGGGAGCCAGGACGCGACUGGCGUUGCGCAGAGGAACGCAGAAACAGCAGAGCAGGCUCUGCCGUGACCUCUUCCAUCGGUGGCUCAAACAAGACUGUAACGGCUCUCCAUACGGGCUCUUUGUGACGGUGCCUGCAGAAAGGCGCGUGGGGCCGCUUCCGCCGAUCGCUGAAAAGGGGGAGAGCACAGGAGCGCGGCGUCGACAGACAACGCAACGGGCGUCGGUUCCAGCUGUCAUCUCGCGCGGAAUAUUUGCAGAAACCGACGUGACCGCGCCAGCGAGAAGGCAGUUAUGGCGCCAAGCGUGCUCGGCUACUGGGACAUCCGAGGCCUCGGCGAGCCCAUCCGCUACUUGCUGGCCCACGCCGGAGUUCCCUACGAGGACAAGAGGUACUCUGACGGCAAAGGCCCGGAGCCCAGUCGAGACGAGUGGCUGGCAGAGAUGCACAAGCUGGGUCUUGACUUUCCCGACCUGCCUUACCUAAUCGACGGCGACGUGCGGAUGACGCAGUGCCAGGCCAUCCUGCGCUACUUGGGACGCAAGCUAGGCCUGGUACCAAAGGAGGAAAGAGCGCUGCAGCGGGUUGAAAUGCUCGAGCACCAGGCCUCUGACGUCAUGUGGGCUACAAUACGCCUAUGCUAUGAUCCUGGAUACACCGAGGACAAGCGGCGCCAGUUCUUGGUCGACAUUGCGGAGAAGCUUCACGAGUUCGAGGCUUACCUAGACAAGCACGGGCCGUUCGGCGCAGGCAAGAACGUCACCUACGUCGACUUCCUGCUAUACGAGAGCCUCCAGGUGGUCAAAACGCUCGGGCCGAGCACAUUCCGGAAGGGCUACCCUGCCCUCCAGGAAUAUUGCCAGCGCGUCGCAGCUCUGCAGGGUCUCAAGGAGUACCUGGUUUCGGAUCGCUUCAAGCCCUGGCCAAUCUGGAGUCCCUACGCCAAGGCACUGUCUGCACACAGCAAGCCCCCUGCCGAUGAUUGUUGAGCCACAGCAGAGGAUGCGAUAGCAUGAACACCGCCCGCCCAGAAGGGCACUGUCUCAUGCUGAAAACUGUACUCUAUUAACAUUGAACCGAUGCAUGCGAGCUCAUUGUUCCUUCCUCUUUCAAUAAAAGCUACUUAGCACU